UGGCUGGGCGAGCGGGACGGGAGCUGCGAGCGGACCGGUGCGAGGUGGCAGCUGGCGCGGCAUGGACGGGUGAGGCGGCGCACGCCAUGUCUCCCACCGUGUCCCACAAGGACAGCAGCCGGCAGCGCCGGCCCGGUGGCUAUCACAGCGCCGCGCUGGAGCCGGGCGCCGCGCCGCCGGCGCUGGACGGGGACGACGUCGCGGUCCGGUUCGGGCAUGGAGACACAGAGGCGCUGCUGCCGGGCCCGCUGCCGCCGCCGCUUGGCCCCCCUCGGGGCUGCCGGGGCGAGCUGGGCAACGUGUUCCUGCUGCUGUUCCUGUACGUGCUGCAGGGCAUCCCGCUGGGCCUGGCGGGCAGCGUCCCGCUCAUCCUGCAGAGCAAGAGUGUCAGCUACACGGACCAGGCCUUCUUCAGCUUCGUCUUCUGGCCCUUCAGCCUCAAGCUGCUGUGGGCACCGCUGGUGGAUGCCGUCUACUUCAAGCGGUUCGGGCGCCGCAAAUCCUGGCUUGUGCCCACUCAAUACUUCCUGGGGCUCUUUAUGCUGGGCUUGUCCACACAGGUGGACUCGCUCCUGGGGGACGGGGAGGGUCAUGGCCCCGACGUGCUGGCCCUCACCGCCACCUUCUUCUUGUUUGAGUUCCUGGCUGCCACGCAGGACAUCGCUGUGGACGGCUGGGCCCUGACGAUGCUGUCACGGGAGAACGUGGGCUACGCGUCCACGUGCAACUCCGUGGGGCAGACGGCGGGCUACUUCCUGGGGAACGUCUUGUUUCUGGCUCUCGAAUCGCCCUCCUUCUGUAACAAAUAUUUGCGCUUUGAACCUCAGCCCAGGGGAAUUGUGACCCUUUCAGAUUUCCUGUUUUUCUGGGGUGCCAUCUUCUUAAUAACUACUACGUUAGUUGCCCUUUUGAAAAAGGAAAACAAGGAAGUAACGCCAUCAAAAGAAGAAACGAAAGGCAUCACUGAUACAUAUAAACUGCUUUUUUCAAUAGUCAGAAUGCCAGCAGUUUUCACUUUCUGCAUCCUGAUUCUGACAGCAAAAGUGGGGUUUUCAGCAGCAGAUGCAGUAACAGGUCUAAAAUUGGUGGAAGAGGGAGUACCUAAAGAACACUUAGCUUUAUUGGCAGUUCCAAUGGUACCUUUACAGAUAAUACUGCCUCUGAUUAUCAGCAGGUACACAGCAGGUCCGAAGCCACUGAACACAUUUUACAAAGCUAUGCCUUUCAGGUUAUUGCUUGGCUUGGAAUUUGCUUUUCUAGUUUGGUGGACUCCUAAAGUGAAAAAUGAAGGGGGAUUUCCAACUUACUACUACAUUGUGGUAUUGCUGAGCUAUGCUUUACAUCAGAUUACAUUGUACAGCAUGUAUGUUGCUAUUAUGGCUUUUAAUGCCAAAGUUAGUGAUCCACUGAUUGGAGGAACAUAUAUGACACUCCUCAAUACUGUAUCGAAUCUAGGAGGAAACUGGCCUGCCACGGUAGCUCUUUGGCUUGUGGACCCACUUACAAUGAAAGAGUGUGUAGGAGCCCAGGAACAGAACUGUAGAACUGCAAUUGGUGCUGAACUUUGUGCAAAAGAAGGUGGCUCUUGCAUGACUACUCUAGAUGGUUACUACGUAGAAUCCAUUAUCUGCGUUGUUCUAGGAUUUGGCUGGUGGUUCCUGCUUGGACCAAAGCUCAAAAAGCUGCAGGAUGAAGGGCCAUCUUCAUGGAAAUGCAAAAGGAAUAAUUGAUGUAAUUCAGCUAUUGGAUGGACUAGUAAAGUUGUUACAGCUCAAUUUUAUUUCAAAGACAUACUAUAAUCAAUAGGACUAUAAAUAUAUUUAAACAUGCCAAAUGGCUGAGAAACUAAGACAGCUAAGAAAGUGAUGAUAUCACUUGCCUUCCCUUUAUGAAAAUCUAGUUAAGUUCUAAAAAGGUAGUUUGUAAAAAGGCAGCUUUAUACUUCACCUUUAUGUGCUCUAGCUUCAGAGUCCUGGCUGCUGGUAGAAGCAACACUUAAACUACAGUGCAGUAGCUAUGGAAGAGCAAAUUGUGCCACAUCCAUAUUGAAAGCAGCAUUGUCAGCUCUGAUCUGACUUCUCAUGUUGUUUUUAAUAAGACGCCAUCUGGCAUGAUCAACAGGUUGACUUGGUAGUACUGUCAUUUAAAGGAGUCUCGAUUUGAUCUAAAAUUUGAGUAAGUAUUUAAAACUAAAACCUAACAAAAUGGAAAUUCAUUUGAGGGAAGAGAUACAUGGAAGAUCUUUAUAAUGUUUAUCAUUUGCUUUCCUGACCAUAACAGCACAUCAAAGGGUGUAAUAUUUUAAGAUUAUUUUAAAUGCAUUUCCUGGCUUUUUAUAAGCUUUAAAGGUUUAUAAAAUAUUGGGGGGGUUAUUUGUUUUAAAUAAUUGAUGAGGUGUUUUUUUUAAUUUCUCUGUUUAUUUCAAAUAUUUUGUUUUAUUACUUGAAACAGUUUUUUGCAGAAAACUUGAUAUGAGGUGGGAUCUUUGAGUUGUACAAUAAUCUAAGCCUUGAAUGCUGAAGGAUCAGAUAGAGUAGUGUAGCAGUUGUUGAACUGAUAGCAGGGCUUCAAAAAAGUGUGCAUAAUCCUUUCUGUGUUCAGUUUGCAUCUGGGAGGGAGUGGAAUAAUUAGUAAUAUAGUUCUUUUGUUACAUACAUUUGAUCAUAUUGAUUAAAAUGAGCCAGAAGUUGCAAACAUUUAUGUAUUCCAAAGAGAGCAAAAGAUGUUCAGUACCUUUGAAAGAAGAAGUGGAUGGUGA